AUGAAUUAAUUUAUACAGCUGAACAGUUGAUUUGUGAUUAGAACCCUUCAUUGUGUUUCUAGUUUUAGCACGAAUUGUAAACGCAUGGCAUGUAGUGCGUUUCGGGUUUUUUGGUUUUAAUUAACUAGCAACACCACCUGUUUUGUCGUCGAGCGAGUUGAAACUGCUAUCAGAAUAUAUAUUUUUUAGAUUUACAUAGCGAAACUACAAAUUUCUUCGACAAAAUGGCAGAUCCAGAACUGGAACAAAUCAGACAACAGCGAUUAGCUCAGUUACAAGCUCAACAUGGGGGAACAGGCGAUCCGAACCAGGCUAAGCAGCAGGAAGAGAGAAUGCAAGCUAUGGAAGAAGCAAAACACACGAUUCUUGCACAAGCCCUUAGUCAAGAUGCUCGGGCCAGAUUGAACACAAUAAAACUAAGCAGACCAGAGAAAGGUGCCAUGGUGGAAAACAUGAUCUGUAGAAUGGCUCAAAUGGGACAAGUACGCACCAAGAUUUCAGAGCAAGAACUGAUCCAACUUCUAGAGUCAGUCAACCAGCAAAUGGGGAAAUCAGCUAGCACUGUUAAAUUUGAUAGGAGGAGGGCAGCCCUUGAUUCUGAUGAUGAUUUGUAGCAGAUUUGGCCACUUCACUGUAGUCUAGUAAAAUAAUGCAAACAAAUAAAAUCAUGCUUAAUAAACUUUUUUCCAAUGUCAGUUGCAGUCAGUAGGCACGGUGGGGCACUCAGUUAUGUGAUUGUUUGUUUGCAUUAUUUUAACUGAGCAGACUAUAGACUUUAAUUAUUUUACUCACAUAUUACUAUAAUCCAUAAUGCCUUAAGACUUGAGAGAAGUUUUAAUAAAAUAAAUCAUAAAAAUAUUUUUCUUAGCAAAGCUACAACCAUAUCAUCAUGUUGCUAGCAACAGACCCACUGCUUUGAUUAUUGUAUAUUUUUAGUGUAUAUUGUGCUUUAUACAUAGUACGCUGACCAUGUAGUUUCAUAAAGUUCUGUUAGCCCUUAAGUGGCUAGUAAAGUCAUCUAGGACAUGACUGUACCUCUCAGUAAUAUUUUUCCAACAGGAUCUAAUUAACAGAUCUUUAUAAAAGCAAUAGACUAAUCUUUUGUUUUUUUAAUUUGUUUCAAAACAAUGAUUUUGUGCCUUUAGUUGCUGUGCUGUAUAUUGUAGUCAUAAUAGCAUUUUUGAUUUAUGUUCAGAUUCCUGUUUAAAACGUAUGUAAAGAGAAUUGGCUUUAAUUCUACAUUUAUUUGUGUUUUUUUUUAAUAAAAGAACUUACUUGUAAAAUGUCA